UCGCAAAUCGUGGUAGCUGUUUGUUAUUGUUUGAAGUGCAUACAAAGAGGCGAUCAUCAGAUCAUCAGAUUGAGUAAAACUUUACGUAAAGUGGGUAAACAAUAUGAGCAACCAGUGAAUACAUUCAAGAGACUGCAUAAAGUAGGAUGGCAGCUUCGUGGUUGCUGCAGGGGAGCUUGCUCGUCCUUGUCUCUGCAAUUCUAUGGAGCGCCCUCGCUGACGAUAGUCAACCUUCGUCGUGGAGAGGUCACAUGAUGCCUCUUGGUGCCGCGUCCACCCGGCUCCCCGUCAGAACUCUAGAGACUUUCCCCUCCCCAAUGGAAUUCUUCAAAAACUACGUUUAUCCGUCGGUCCCGGUCGUCUUUAGACAUGGAGCCAAGCUUUCAGCGGCGUUUGAGAAAUGGAAUGAUGAAUAUCUUAAGAGCUUACCCAAGGCUCAGGAGCAGAUCACCGUAGAAAUACGGAAGGUCGAGAACAGAACAAUGCCACCCACAAGCAUGACGUUUGCUGAAUUCCUUGAUAGAUAUGAAGUUUACGAUGAGUACCUCGUAACGGGCGUUCCAGAAUUUUUAAAAAAUGAUGUUCUCAUUCCGCCACCGUUAAAUUGUGAUAACAUCACAGCUACUAUGGUUGACGCUGUCAUUUGGUUUAGCAGCGGUGGUACAAAGUCAGUGUUACACAAUGAUGACGUGGACAACAUUAACUGUUUAUUCAGAGGCCAGAAAGAGUUGCUGUUUGCCAACUACACAAAAUACAGGCACCAGAUUGUAUUUGAUCAUCCAGAGGGCAGUUAUUCGGGUGUGGACGUCGAAAAGGUUGACUUCGAAAAAUACCCAGAGUUCAAAGAUGUGGAAUUCUUUGAAGCUAAAAUGGAGGCCGGUGAUUGUAUUUACAUCCCAUACAAAUGGUUUCAUCAGGUGAAUUCUCACAACAGCAAUAUCGCUGUUAAUGUUUGGUGGAAUCACUUAGCCAACAUCAUCCCAACACCAGAGACUUGCGGCAGCCCAAACCCGAGUCUCUCUCUCGCUGACGUCAGCUUCUCCGCUCAGCAGGAAGACAAAACCGAGGCCCACAAAGAUUUCAAAGAGGAGCUGCAAUUUUUUGAGGACCCUAUAGAAAGUUUAAAAGUUUUUUUCACCAAUGGGGAGGCAGAGUCCUACACAGAAGAACAGUUCUUUGAACUACUUUCAACGAAGAUGUUCACACUGAAAGGCGGAGCCUGGACAAGAGAAGCUUUAGAUAUUGGCCAUGAGAUGUUUGAACUGGUUGACAAUGAUAAUGAUGGACUCCUCACACAAGAAGAUGUAGAAAUAUUAAUGCAACAGCAGGAAGAUGGUAGCUUUUAUAUCGAGAUGGGACAUAGGUUCAUAAUGCUGAUUGAUGUUGUAGAUGAAGUCCUAGCAAAACGAAAAGCGACCAUUCAGCAGAGACUUCUUGAAGCCUCAGAAACUGGAAAGAGUGUGGCAAAAUCACCACCAUCAUUGGAGGAGCAGGAAACCUCACCAGAUAGCAACCAAGAGGGCGCCAUUCAUAAUGAUGAGUUGUAACAUUAUUUUUU